CUGAACUGGUUGAUUAGAAGAAGUCUAUCAAGAGGAAUGACACUGUCAAAGUUAUCAAUUGAUAAAGUUAAUCUUAAAGAUAAACGCGUUCUUAUUCGUGUUGAUUUCAACGUUCCUCUUAAGGAUGGCAAAAUCACUAAUAAUCAACGUAUUGCUGCAGCUAUCCCUACGAUUAAGUAUGCGUUAGACCACGAUGCCAAAUCAGUUGUAUUAAUGUCUCACUUGGGGCGUCCAGAUGGACGUAAGCAGGAACAGUUUAGCUUGCGUCCUGUUGUUCCUGAACUUAAAACAUUGCUCGGAAAAGAUGUUCAAUUUGUGGAUGAUUGUGUGGGUGCAGAUGUAGAGAAGAUAACGGCGAAUCCAGCACAUGGUAGUGUGAUUCUUCUCGAGAAUCUUCGAUUCUAUGUCGAGGAGGAGGGGAAGGGUGUGAAUGAAAAAGGUGAAAAGAUAAAAGCAAAAUCUGAAGAUGUCGAUAAAUUUCGUGCAUCGUUAACGAAACAUGGUGAUGUUUUCGUCAAUGAUGCAUUCGGAACGGCACAUCGCGCUCAUAGGUAUUAUUAUUAUUUGUCUUAUUAUUAUUGCUUUUAUUAUUGUCAUUAUUUUAUUAAUAUUAUGAACAUUUAUAAUAAUAAUUAUUAUUAUUAUCAUUGUCAUUAUUACAGCUCAAUGGUUGGUGUAAAGCUGAAUGAACGUGCGACAGGAUUCUUGAUGAAGAAGGAAUUGGAUUAUUUCGCGAAAGCAUUAGAAUCUCCAGUUCGUCCAUUCUUGGCCAUAUUGGGUGGCGCGAAAGUGGCUGACAAAAUACAACUUAUUCGUAAUUUACUUGACAAGGUUGAUGAGAUGAUAAUAGGAGGUGGUAUGGCGUACACAUUCCUGAAAGUGAUCCAUUCAAUCUCGAUUGGUAAAUCACUCUUUGAUGAGGAGGGUGCAAAGAUUGUGAACGAAUUAAUGGAGAAAGCAAAAUCGAAGAAUGUCAAAAUUCAUUUACCGGUUGAUUUUGUGGUUGGUGACAAAUUUGCAGAGGAUGCAUCAUUCAAAGUAAGUGAUCUGAAGAGUGGAAUCGAAGCCGAUUGGAUGGGGCUGGAUAUUGGUCCAGAGAGCACCAAACAAUUCGUUGAGGUGAUAGCACGAUGUAAGACGAUUGUUUGGAAUGGUCCCGCUGGUGUGUUCGAAUGGGAGCAUUUUGCGACCGGCACAAAGGGUCUGAUGGAUGCUGUUGUAAAUGCUACAGCGCAGGGAGCUGUCACUAUCAUUGGUGGAGGCGAUACUGCCACUUGCUGCAAAAAAUGGAAGACUGGUGACAAAGUGAGUCACGUUAGUACUGGAGGUGGUGCCAGCCUUGAGCUUCUCGAAGGCAAAGUACUACCUGGCGUUGAUGCCCUCUCCGCGGCAUAGAUACAGCAACAUUCAGAUUUAUUUAUUGCUUCUGCACACGUUCAUCAUAUUUAUUCAGUUGUCAUCCCGAUGACCUAUUCUCAUCUAUCCGAGUGAUCUUAGUGAGUAUUACUGAUAUGUUUUCUUUCUGGGUUGAAGUAUUUUGAUCAUUGUGCUUAUUUCAUAAAGAUUGUUGUCUGUGGUGAAAAGUUUUUAAUUAAUUAAAUCAGUUAUAUGAAUUCAU